AUGGAACAAGAUGAACUUCCUCAGGGCUUAGUUUUUGAUAUUGGUUCUGGUCAUACAAAAUGUGGGUUUUCAGGAGAUGAUGCUCCAAGGGUUGAUCUUCCAACAUGUUUGGGGCAAUUCAAGAAGAUGAAUGUUCUCCAGUUAGGGGAAUAUGUUGGAUCCGAUGCUUUGAGUAAGAGGGGAAUAUUGAAUAUUAGCCAUCCUUUCCAAAGAGGAUCCAUCACGAAUUUCGAUCAUUUGCAAAAGAUAUUUGCUCAUUGUUUUAAGAAUGAAUUGAGAGUAGAUCCAAUGGAUCAUCCCUUACUAAUAGCUGAUUCUCCUGUCAAUACUGUGGAAGGUAGAGAGAAAAUUAUGGAAAUUUUGUUUGAAUCAUUUGGAGUUCCUGCUCUAUAUUUUUCAGUUCAAGGUGUGAUGGCUAUGCAAAGUUCUGGAAUUGUGAGUGGAACAGUUUUGGAUUCAGGUAAAGAGCUGACCUAUGCUCUUCCUAUUUAUGAAGGAAAACCAAUUAGAAACGCUUUGCAAACAAUACCAUUCGGAGGAGGGGAUUUAACUAGAUCGUUGUAUUCACUCUUAUUGGAGUCAGGAUAUCAAAGCUACACUGCUGCAGAAAGAGAAAUUGCAGGAGAUGCCAAGAGAAAAGUCUGCUAUGUUGCUCAAAAUUAUGAAAAGGAGUUGACAGAACCAAAGACUGAAGAAUAUGAGUUACCUGAUGGAACAAUAAUGAAUGUAUCAACACUUAGAAUCAAGGCAACUGAAUUAAUGUUCCAACCUCAAUUGAUGGAUCUUGAUUUUGUUGGAGUUCACGAAUUAGUUAAUAGUUCUAUUAGAAGUUCUGAUAUUGAUAUGAGAAAGGAUUUAUUUAAGAACAUUGUUGUCUGUGGAGGAAAUACAAUGUUUCCAGGAUUUAUUGAAAGAUUCAACAGGGAAUUUUCAAACUUGAUUCCCUCAAGUGUCGAAUGUAAAGUGAGUGAGAAACCUACCAGAAAAUACUCCUCAUGGAUUGGAGGAUCUAUAUUUUCUUCCAUGUCCACCUUCCGAGAAGUUUGGUUAGACAGGCAUGAAUAUGAAGAUUUUGGAAAGAAUGUUUCUAGAUUUUUGUAA